GCCAGGUAACGUUAUUAUACUAAGGGCAGACAUCAAGCCCUAAUGGGAACCAAAUGAUGAAUGCAAUUUAUUCUUUUAUUUCAGGUCCCACCUGAGAGAGCACCUGGUUCAGCAGGUCAGACUGAGGCCAUGACUGAUGUGUUCUCUGAGAUUCUAACGUCCAACCAAGGCACUUCAAGGUUUAUGAUCCAAGGUGACAUCGCAGUCCAAAAAAACAGGAAUGCUCUAAGGUGCCCUGGAAAGUCUUGUCUCUGGCCAAGAACUGGGAAUGGACUGGUACUUGUACCCUACACCCUGUCCAACAACUACACUUCCACUGAGAAAGACAUCAUACGGGCAGCCAUGGAAGAAGUGAUGGGCCUCACCUGUAUACGAUUUGUGGCCCGUAAUCAUGAAUACGACUACCUGAGGAUCUGCCCCUAUGAUGGGUGCUGGUCAUACAUUGGGCGGAUUAGAGGGACCCAGGACGUGUCGCUUAUGAAAACAGGCUGCCUGCACCAUGGGGUGAUACAGCAUGAACUGCUUCAUUCACUGGGCUUCCAACAUGAGCAGUGCAGGAGCGACAGGGACAACUAUAUUCACAUCAACUGGGAUAAUAUCAGCCAAGAUAAAGAGCGUAAUUUCCUCAAGAUGAACACACAGAAUCUAGGGACACCAUAUGACUACCUGUCUGUGAUGCAUUAUGGCAAAUUUGCUUUUGCUACUAAUUCUGGCAAGCCCACGCUGGAACCGAAAAGGAAUCCCACUGCUAUGAUUGGUCAGCGUGUUGGCCUGAGUUCCCUGGACGUGGAGAAGAUAAACAGACUCUAUCAUUGCAGUGUGUGCGGUUACCUGUUGGCGGAUCGACGGGGUGACUUCUCAUGGAAUUCCAGGCUGCAUCCGAACAAGUCUAACUGUGUGUUGCUGAUCCGUGUCCCAGAGGGCAAGGUAUUCCUGCAGUUUCAUUUGUUCAGCUUUCCCCCUUCCCCAGCCUGUGUCCAUGGCUCAGUUACAGUUUACGAUGGACGAAGCAGAGAAUCUCCGGUUCUAAUCCCAAAGAUUUGCGGGAAAGCACAGCCACCGGGCAUAGUGGCUUCUGGGAACAUGGUUAGAGUUGAAGUUGCCACCGGUGCACUGGGAACGAAUUUUAGGGUGCUGUACAUUUCCGUAAAAUGUGGUGGCUCCUUUUUUGAGCCCUCUGGAAACUUCUCGACUCCCAACUUUCCUGCCAAGUACCCCAACUCCACAGACUGUGUGUGGACCAUCCUGGCACCCACUGGUUAUAAGAUAGUACUCAGUAUUGCUCAGUUUGACCUGGAAGCAUCGCGGGGCUGCUCAGAUGACUAUCUUGUUCUCCGAGACAGCGGAAGACUACAAAAGAAAUGCGGUGUUAUCCCUCUGCUGAACUACACGUCGCAUGGACGUUCUUUGACCCUCUAUUUUCACAGUGAUGUGUCAGUACAGGCUGGAGGCUUCCGUGCCAGUUACUACUUUACUCCUUAAAAAGCAUCCUUAGCUGCGUGUCCUGUUACUGAAAGCUGCAAUAUGCCCCAUGGACAGUAGAGGGCAGGAAAGAUCUCAGAGCAGCGGUAUCAGUCAGGUUGUAUUAGUGAACAAAUGGUGAACCAGUGGUG